GUCUUGCCACCGCCCAGGCCUUUUCAGGGUCCAGAGCCCGAGCGCCAGAGGCUCAGCUGCCCUCCCCCGGCACCGCGCCCGAGCACCCAGACGCAGCGAGGGGACAACGCAGGUGGCUUUUCUAGAGUUCGGAGGUAGUACUAGACGCAGCCAUUUAGUUUUUCUAAUUUUCAACUACUGAAGACGGUGCUUGGUGCCUGGGUAUCCGAGACAUGAAUUACUCACGGUUCCUCACGGCACAGAGUGCAGCAAGAAAGCCUUCUGCCAUCCGACUCCUGAUUGGACAUCUGUGCUCCUCAUUCCUCCACCAGUGAGCUGAGCUAUUGGGAAAGAUACCGAAAUCCACCAUCUCUUUGGCUCCUGGAGCACCAAAUCCAAACGUGUUCCCUUUUAAGACUGUUGCUGUCACCCUAGAAGAUGGAAAGACCAUCGAAUUUGAUGAAGAGAUGAUGAAGAAAGCACUUCAGUAUUCUCCAAGUUCUGGAAUCCCAGAGCUGUUGUCCUGGCUGAAACAGUUACAAAUAAGAUUGCAUAAUCCUCCCACCAUCCAUUAUCCAUCCAGCCAAGGACAAAUGGAGAUAUGUGUCACAUCUGGCAGCCAAGACGGUCUUUGUAAGGCAUUUGAAAUGAUCAUUAAUCCUGGAGAUAAUAUCCUCAUAAGUGAACCUGUUUACCCAGGAACACUUCAAGCUCUGCAACCACUGGGCUGCAACAUUAUUAAUGUUUCCAGUGAUGAAUAUGGGAUUAUACCAGACUCCCUUAGAGAAAUACUUUCCAAAUGGAAACCAGAAGAUUCAAAGGACCCCAAGAAAAACACUCCCAAAUUUCUUUAUAUUAUCCCAAAUGGCAGUAAUCCUACUGGAGACUCAUUAACAGCAAACCGCAAAAAGGAAAUCUAUGAGCUUGCAAGAAAAUAUGAUUUCCUCAUAAUAGAAGAUGAUCCUUACUAUUUUCUCCAGUUCAACAAGCCCUGGGUACCAUCAUUUCUUUCCAUGGACGUUGAUGGGCGUGUCAUCAGAGCUGACUCUUUUUCAAAAGUCCUGUCCUCUGGGUUGAGAAUAGGGUUUAUAACUGGUCCAAAACGCUUGAUAGAGAGAAUUGUUUUACACACACAAGUUUCAUCGUUGCAUCCUAACACUUUUGCACAGUUUUUGAUAUCACAUCUUCUAUGCCAAUGGGGAGAAGAGGGCUUCCUGGCUCAUGUUGAGAGGGUUGCUCAAUUCUACAGAAACCAGAAGGAUGCCUUGUUGGCAGCUGCAGACAAGUGGUUAAGUGGUUUGGCGGAAUGGCAUGUUCCUACUGGUGGAAUAUUUUUAUGGAUUAAGAUUAAGGGCAUUAAUGAUGUAACACAUCUGAUUGAAGAAAAAGCCCUUAAGAAUGAGGUAUUAGUAACUCCUGGAAAUGUUUUCUUCAUUGAUAGUUCAGCUCCUUGCCCUUACUUUAGAGUGUCCUACUCGCUGGCUUCUCCUGAAGAGAUGGAUGUGGCUUUGCAGAGAUUAGCCCAAGUUAUAAGAGAAUCUUUAUGAAGAAAUCAAACUCAUCAUAGUUUUCAUAGAUUUUUCAGAUAAAUUAUUUUUACAUUUUAACAGGAAGAAAUGAUUAUUGGUGUUAGACUUUCAGAAUAAAUUUCAUCCAACGUGCCAUAUCUGUAGUAAUUUAACUAGAUAACUUUUAAAGUGUCCUUAAUCCAUCAGAUUGCCAAAAUAUACUUGUAAUCCACUUAUACCUUUUGAUAAAUUUUUAACCUACAAAAGAUUAUUUUUAUCCUGGAUUUUAUUGUAAAGAACUCUAUAAUUACUUAAUAAUUUCCCAUAAAUUUUUUGAAACUAACAUUUUACAGUAAAUUAUCUUGAAAAUGUAAGAAAACCAAGUUCAAAAUGGUAUAAAAUGUGAAGUUUUUCUAUUUUCAGGAAAAUUCAAUGAGAGCUUGUUGCAAAAAUUGUUAGAAUUUGGCGGUUAUAAAUGAUUUCAGUAAGAGCACCACAGACAUUAUGUUAUACCAUAGAAAUCCCUUUAAAAUAAAAUUCUGAAAUUAAAUAUACCUAGAGGCUCCAGAUCUAUUAAUUCUAUGUAAGUAGGAGAAUUAAAAGACUUAGAAAAAUUUGCUACAUUGUAUUUUCAUACUACUACACAACUUACAAAAACAUUCUUAUUAGUUAUGUAGUCUAAAUCCAAACCCCUUUGAGGUACUUAGGAUAUACUUUUUUAAUGACUUUUCUCUCCCACCUUUUCAGAUCUUUAUUUUUCCCAUCAGAUUAUUGAAGUAAUAUAUGCUCAUUUUAAAAUUUUCAAACAACCCUGAAAGCGUAAGGAAUAAAGUCAAAAUCACUCUCUAUCUGACCCCCCAGUGAUAACUGCUGUCAGCAUUUAUCAUCCAACCUUUAGAUGUUUUUCUGUGCGUAUACAUGUUAUAUGUAGUAGAACAGGAUCUCGUUAUGACAGCGUUGUCAUAAAUACCCUGUAUUAGUUUCCUAUGGCUGUGUAACAAAUUACCACAGUGUUCCAAGAUCCAGUAAUUAUAAAGUUAUAAAUUCCUUUAAGGAAUUUGGAAGUUUAUGCCAUUGUCAUUUAGGUCAUCCUUUUGUGUAUAUAAACAUCUCCAUCAUAGUUAUUAUCUUCCUGGCAUCUGGAUGAGAUGCCGCAUUUUCCAGCAGUUCAAAUUCUUGAGCAAAAAUCUCACCUCAUAGCUCAACUCAAAUCAGCCAGCACCAAACCCAAAUCCCUAUUUCUAAGGCAACCAGUGGUAGUUCUUAAGGAGAGAUUGGAGAGACGCAGGGCCUGGAGGAAGGCUGAGAUGAGGAACUUGACAAUCCAUCAAUCGUGAGAAGAGGAAAGUGUAAAUUGGAGAGAUUUAUAAAAGCAAAAGUAAAAUAAGCCUUCCACUUACUUUAUUCAGUAGUUCUCAAUGAUAACCAGAAUUGCUUAGCCAGCACUGUAUAAAUGAGUGCCUUGUUUUUAAGUGACCAACAUAGAGUAAGUUGAUUUAUAAUCCCCAUCUUUCAAGAGUGGAUUACCCCUAACCACAAUCCAUAGAAAUCUGUUUCUACCAAGAAAAACAGAGCGAGAGAACACUCAAGAUGAUUAGGCUGUCCUUUAUUACUCGAUGUUCAUCUCAUCCAAGUAAGAUUACCUUCACCUCGUA